GUGGGGCUGGCAGAGCCGGACCUGCAUGCUCAGCAGAAGAAUGGCUGCAUCGGUUUCCUUUCCGCUGCUGAUAGAGGGGUCCUGGGGCCUGGACCCCCCCAAGAACUUGAGCACCAGGUUGCAGGUGUACUUCCAGAGCCAGAAACGGUCGGGAGGCGGGGAAUGCGAAGUCUGCCAGGAGGCUGGGAGCCCACCUCGCUUCUUGGUGUACUUCUCCCAGGAGGAUGUUCAACAAAGAGUACUGCAGAGAGAGGACCACAAGUUAGUAUGGUCACAAAAAGGAACAUUCAACUUGACUGUCAAGAUGCCCACAGCCCCAGAUAAAGGCCAUGUUUUUCAGGGGGAAGUUCCAAAAAGAGAAUCCAAGACCAAAGUCCAUGUCAGAGAACCAGAAGAACUGGAUACAAAACCCUCUCUAAACAGAAGAUCAGAAGAAAUGGAAGAUAUCCGAGCAGAACACGAAAGCAUUUCUUCUUUGGUUGCACUUGAAAAUCUCAAGGAAAAUGUGACUGAGUUGAUGUUAAUCUUGUUAGUGGAGAACACAAGUGGUUUGUCCAGUGAUGACUUUGAAGUGGAAAUAAUUCGAGAUUUUGAUGUUGCCGUAGUUACCUUUCAAAAACACAUAGAUGUCAUGAAAUUUGUUGCUGAUUGUGCCAAGAACCAGACCACGAGACAACUUCAGCUCUUUCCAAGACUACUUGAAGUGACAAAAACAAUAAGAGUAGAAAACCUGCCUCCUGAUGUUGAUGACUAUGAUUUAAAUUGUUUAUUCAAAAAUCCUCGUAAUGGAGGGGGAAGAGUUGCCAGAGUUGAAUGUUUUCCUGAAGAGAAUUCAGCUCUGAUUGAAUUUUUUGACAGAAAAGUGGUCGACACCAUUAUGACCAAGAAGCUUGAGCUCAAUAAAAUGCCGCUCUCCGUGUUCCCAUACUACUCCUCCUUGGGCACAGCCUUGUACGGAAAGGAGAAGCCUCUGAUCAAGCUUCCAGCACCCUUCAGAGAAUCCUUGGACCUUCCCUUGUGGAAGUUCUUGCACAAGAACAAUCACCUGAUCCAGGAGAUAAAUGAUGAAGUGAGACGCUGUCACUGUGAGCUCACAUGGUCCGAACUCAAUGGGGAAGUUACCAUCCGACCCGCACCCUCCUUACUCAGACAGGGAAGACAGAGAAUCAAGAGCUGGCAGAAAAAUGCUUCCACAGCCUUUGCCAGCAUCAGGUCUAAAUAUAAAGUCUCCUCAUUUAAAGUGGAUCCCAUCGUGUGGGACACCGUGAAAAGUGACUUACAAGACAACAGGGUGUUGAUUGAGUUUGAUACACUGCUGGAGAUCGUCACUUUGGUGGGGAAAUCAGAGGAUGUACAAAAGAUCGAGCCACAACUCACAGAAUUAAUAGAAAGCACCACACAAAGAAUUAAAAGGGAACAGCAAAGCCUGAAGGAAAAAGUGUCCCUUUCUCCAGGGAGAUUUUCUCUCUUGUGCCACAGUGGUGCACUGGAACGUUUCCGCUCAGAAGACCCAGAGGUGGAGAUUGUCUAUCAUAAAGCCUCUCGGCAAAUGGGCAUCAGAGGGCUCCCCGCAGAUGUGUAUAAGGUGAAGUGUGAAGUCCAGGAGAAGGUGCACGCCAUGGCUCAGAAACACGUGCAGGUUCCCCCUGAGGUUUUCCAGUUUUUACAACAGGUAGACGCUGCCGAAUUCUCUAAGUCUCUUUUUAUAGCACAGAAAAUUCUUGCAAUUUAUGAGCUAAAGGAUCCAAGUGUUCUCUUAACCAGCUGUUCUCCUGAAGUCCUAUUAGAAGCUGAAAAGCAGAUGACCAGUGCCUUAAAUUAUCAGCGCAUAGAUGUUGAGAACAGACACGUUCUCAAUGGCAAGAAAUGGAAAGGACUCACUCGCAGCUUGCUCAACAAACAUAAUUCCUCCUCAAUGACUGUAAUAAUCAAUGAGUUAACUUCAGAUGUCAACUCUGAGGUCAUUGUGGCCGGCUGUGUGAGAGAAGUAAAAGAAAUUUAUCACUUGCUUUUUGACUUUCUGGACAAGCACAUGGUCAUAGAGAGGAUGAUUGAAGUAAAGCCUUCCUUAGUGAAUGAUUUCUUAAGGAAAGAAAAGAAACCAUUAUGGCAAAAGAUAAAGAAAACAAAUCUGCAGGUAGUUUUUAAUCCUGAGAACAAACAAAAUGGCAUUUCACUAACUGGUCCAAGGAUAGAAGUCCUGAACGGAAUGACCCUCAUCAAGAAAGCCCGGGAUUCUCUCUGUGUUAAAAGCAUCCAUAUUGAUCAGCCAGGAGUCAGACAGUUAUUCCAGGAGAGAGGAGCGUUUUAUAGAAGUGAAGUCAAAAGGCUGUUUGGUUGUUUUAUUGAAGUACAGGAGAACAAAGAAAAAGCGGGAGAGGGCACUGACGGGAAGAAAUGCCUCUGUCGGGUGGACUUGGCCCCUGGAGUCUCCUUGAUUGUGCAGCAGGGCGACCUGACAGGGUUCCCCGUGGAAGUGGUGGUGAAUGCAGCCAAUGAAGAGCUCCAGCACAUCGGGGGCCUUGCUGCUGCUCUUUUAGAAGCAGCAGGCCCUGAGCUCCAAGCCGACUGUGACCAGAUAGUGAAGAGAAAUGGCAAGGUCCCACCUGGCCACGCCACCAUCUCAAAGCCGGGAAAGCUCCCAUACAGGUGCGUGAUCCACGCAGUCGGGCCCCACUGGAAGAGAAAUGAGGCCCAGAGGUGUGUGUCCCGGUUGAAGAGAGCUGUGGAAGAAAGUCUUUGUUUGGCUGAAAAACACAAGUGUCAGUCCAUCGCCAUCCCUGCUAUUAGUUCUGGAGUCUUUGGCUUUCCCUUACCUGAGUGUGUGGAGACCAUCGUUUCUGCUGUCAAGGGGCAUUUCCAACAUAAGUCAGAUGGAUGCACCUUGAAAGAAAUCUACCUUGUGGAUACAGCUGAGAAGACUGUGGAGGCCUUUGCCAGUGCCGUGAAAACUCUAUUUAAAGAUGCCCGGCCCGAUGCUGCUUCCCUGCCCAGAUUGCCAGCAGCCAGCCAGCCCGACUUGAGAGAAGAUCAUGGGAACGGACAAGUUCUCUUGUCCUCAGAAGGCCUGAGGCUCUUGUUGGUGAAAGGAGAGGUGCAGAGUGCUGCGGUCGAUGUUAUUGUCAACUCUGUUCCCUCGAGCCUUUCACUAAAUAGAGGACCCCUUUCUCAAGCCCUCUUGGGAAAAGCUGGGCCAAAACUCCAGAAGGAAUUGAACGCAGCUGGACAAGGGGUGGCUGUGGACGUGGGCACAGUUCUCCUCACCAGUGGCUGCAAUCUGCAGUGCCAGCAUGUGCUUCACGUGGUGGCUCCAGGGUGGAAAAAUAACAGCACAUCUGCACACAAGAUCAUGGAAGACUUAAUCAGAAAAUGUUUGGAGAUCACCGAGAGCCAUUCCUUAAAAUCCAUUGCAUUUCCAGCCAUAGGAACAGGAAAUUUAGGCUUUCCUAAACCUGUUUUUGCCAAAUUAAUCAUUUCAGAAGUGUUCAAAUUCAGUAGCAACAACCAAGCUACCACCUUACAGGAGGUUCACUUUCUGCUGCACCCACAGGAUCUUGGAAACAUCCAGGCAUUUUCAGAAGAAUUUUUCCACAGGACUAAUGGAAAUGUCACAGGUGACAAAAUUCCCCAGGCUGAAGAUACACAAGGCUUCCAUGGGACUGUUUCUAGCCCUAACCCACAAGUGCACAAAAUGAAGAUCGGUCCCAUCACGUUCCAGGUGGCCACUGGAGAUAUCACUAAAGAAGAGGCAGACGUGAUUGUAAAUUCAACAUCAAACACUUUUGAUUUCACAGCAGGGGUUUCAAAAGCAGUUUUAGAAGGUGCUGGACAAAAUGUGAAAAUGGAAUGCUCUUACCAAGCUAAGCAAGGCAACCGUGAUUAUAUAAUCACAGGAGGUGGUUUACUGAAGUGCAAGAAUAUUAUUCAUGUCGUUGGUGGAAAUGAUGUCAAGACAUCUGUUACCCAUAUUUUGCAAGAGAGUGAAAAACGGUAUUAUUCAUCCAUUUGCCUCCCAGCCAUCGGGACAGGAAGUGCUAAUCAAGAUCCAGAUAAGGUUGCUGGAGCCAUCAUAGAUGCCAUUGAAGGUUUUGUCCAGAAAGGAUCUAUUCAGUCUGUGAAAAAAGUUAAAGUUGUUCUCUUUGUACCUCAGUUAUUGGAUGUGUUUUAUACGAACAUGAAGAAAAGAGAAAGAUUUCAGCCUUCUCCCCAACAGUCUGUGAUGUCUUAUAUUGCACCAUUUUUGGCUCCCUUCUUUUUUUAUUAUUUAGUACUUUUGGCUAUUGUCUUUCCUUUUUUAGCAUUUUUGGCUCCUUUCACUCUUUUGUUUUUAAUAUUUUUGGCUAUUUCCCUGUUUUAUUUAAUAUUUUUGGGUUCCUCGCAACAGUCUCCAAAAGAGAACAAUCAAAAUUCUCCAAAAGAGAACAAUCAAAGUUCUCCAAAAGAGAACAAUCCUUCAGUUUUGAAAAAGAAAACAGAGUCAGUAAUUUUUCAGGUGUGUGGUGAAAAUGUAAAGUGUGUGGAAAACGCCCUCUCCUGGAUACAGGAUCUGGUUGAAAAGGAACAGUGCUGUUUCACCAGUAAAGAUGAAUGUAUCAAAGACUUUGAUGAAAAGGAGGUCCAGAAAUUGAAUGAGCUACAGAAGAAAUUAAACAUUACUAUAUCCUUGGACCAUAAAAAACCUUUGAUUGAGGUUUCGGGAAUUAGCAGAGAUGUGACUGAGGCUAGAAAUGAAAUUGAGGAAAUGAUCCAGAGAGUAAGAUUGGCCAAAGAACAGGAAUCCCGGGCAGAUUAUACCAGUGAAUUUAUAGAAUGGCGAUAUAACAAUAACCACACGUUCCAUAGUUUUGACAAAAUAACCAUUCUGCAAUUGGAGGAUGCAAGGAGAACAAAGAGAAGGACAAUAGAUGUCAAAAUUAAUCACCAGACCUACACAGUGGACUUGAAAACAUACACUGCUACUAAUGCAAAGGGACAUAAUUUACCUGUUCAGCGCCUCAAAAAAUCUGAAGUUGAGAUCCCUGCUUAUUGGACUGACAUGAGGCAGCAGAGCAUCUGUGUGGUUGGUCUAUACCCUGGCAAUCCUGACUAUAACUCAGUGGCAAGCAAGUUUUAUCAGACCUGUGCAAACUUCAGGAUAGAGAAGAUUGAGAGAAUCCAGAAUCCAGACCUCUGGAAUAGCUAUCAGACGAAGAAGAAAACCAUGGAUGCCAAGAACAACCAUGUCAUUAACGAGAGGCUGCUCUUCCAUGGGACAGAUGCCCACUCAAUGCCUCAUGUCAAUCGCAACGGCUUUAACCGCAGUUAUGCUGGGAAGAACGCUGUGUUAUAUGGAAAAGGAACCUAUUUUGCUGUCAAUGCCAGUUAUUCUGCCAAUGAUACAUACUCCAAACCAGAUGCAAAUGGGAAAAAGUAUAUGUAUUAUGUGCGAGUGCUUACUGGACUCAGCGCACCUGGAAAUCAGUCAUUAAUUGUACCUCCUCCCAAGGAUCCCCGAAAUCCUACUGACCUGUAUGACACUGUCACAGAUAAUGUGUCAAAUCCCACUUUGUUUGUGGUAUUUUAUGACUACCAGGCUUACCCAGAGUACCUCAUCACUUUUAGCAAAUAGCAUCUGAGCUUCCUUUGUGGAAGACAUUACGCAUCCUUAUCUAUCCAAUUGUAAAAAAAAAAAAAAAAGUUGUAGCCUUUUGUUUUCUCUUAACAACUUACUCAUUUCCUACUUUCUUCCUUCUGGCUUUGGUUUCCAUUGAGAUUGUCUUCAUUGGCAGCAACGUGGGCUAAGAGGCGGAGCAGUGCCCCAGGGAGUCAGUGCACAGUGCACUCAGAAGGUAGAAGUCUGCAGGAGGAUGAAGGUGUCUUUUCUGGGCUCUGGGGUGAUGCCUGCACUUCAAGUUGAGGAGGUUGAAGGUGCCACAGUUGCUGCUGCAUUAACACAGACUUCUUGAAAUGUUUCUUGCAGUCACUGUUUGUCUUGUAGGUGGUUUGCAAAGACCCCUAACUGCUCAGGGUGGCUUCCCUGACACUGACAUCUGAACUGAUUGACAAUGAGAAAAAAAUAAAAUGGAGAGGGUGCCCCCUGUUGGUGCAGGGGUUAAAGACAGCGCUAUCAAGCUAUUGCCAGUCACUGCAGCAAGAGUUCGAUUCCCUGGCUGGCCAGGGAGGUGAUCCACAAGGUGCAGCAGACCUCUCCUGUCUCACUUGCUGCUCCUCUCAGCACUGUGUUUCAGUAGAUCUGCCUGUUCUGCUCCCCACCACCCUGUGGCGUGUCUCUGAAUGCUCUCACCCCCCCGCCCCCAUACCUCUGGGCUGUUCUUAUAUGUAAAAAUAAAUAAAAUCUUUUAAAAAAAAUUAAAAUUAUACUUUGCAACCUUAUUGAUAUAAGCAUGACUAA